GAUGAAAUGUCCCGCGGGAUCAGUUUAAAGUCGUGGCUGCGAAAAGGCUUAGGCGUCGCAAUUGAUUAAAAAUAAAGUUUUGAUUAAAGCGAAGGUCGAUGGGCGGUGGGUUUUGGGAUUUUAAGGAGCUAUCUGGGGAAUUAUAUUUGGGGGUUCUCUCGAUUGGAUUGAGAUUCAUUUGGAGCUUCUUUAUCAUCAUCAAGGCAGGAUAGGUUUUUCUGUCGCAUAGGAAUUUUUGGAAUGCUACAAAAAUAGUCUGAAGAAUGGAAUGGUAUGAGGACAUCUUCAGUGUAUCCAUUUCCAAGUGGCGUGAUAGUUCGUCCGACAUGGCUGAACCUGAGCCUUUGGUUCUUGCUGCUCUUGUGGCUGGCUUCAUUGGUAUACUAUCAUUUCUCUACUAUCUCUUUCAAAGGAGGCGUGAUAUUAGUCUAAGUUGGAUGAAGACUAUAGCAAGAACAAAGAAGAAGCGGAAAACAAAGCAUAAAGCUCCUGCUGCUUCUCAUGUUUGGAAAAGUGAAUCUGGAUCUCGCUCAAAGGGUUUGCACUGCUGUGUCUGCUUAGAGUCAGUCUCAUCAUCUCAGAAUCUUGGACAAAUGAUUGCUUCAGACUAUUCCAUACAUCAAUGCGAUGUUUGUGGUACAGCUGCUCACUUUACCUGUUCAUCCAAUGCCAAUAAGGAUUGUAAAUGCAUCUCUAUGAUUGGCUAUGAACAUGUAGUUCACCAGUGGGCUGUGCGGUGGACGGAAAUGGCAGAUUUGUCUGAAGAAACUUCUUGUUGUAGCUACUGUGAAGAGCCAUGUGAUGUAUAUUUUCUUGGUGGUCCUCCAAAUUGGUUUUGUAUGUGGUGUCAAAGACUGGUCCAUGUUGAUUGUCAUGCAAGCAUGGCCAAAGAAACGGGUGAUAUAUGUGAUCUUGGUCAGUUUAAACGGUUGAUUUUAUCACCUCUAUAUGUGAAGGAUCUUAGAGGAUCUGGGACAGGUGGGAUUUUGAGCUCCAUAACUCAUGGUGCAAAUGAAUUGGCAUCUACAGUAAGGGGACAUAUGAGGAGUCGGAGUAAAAGGUUUAAGCAAGGUGUUGAUUCGCCUGCAGAUUCCGCCAAUAGUGGCAGCACUGUUGAUUCUUCUACGGAGAGUAAAGCAGAUACUCUUCAAUCACCGAAAGGUUCUUAUGAGAAUGGUGUGCAAUGUAAUGGAACACGUGGUUCUAUGGACCUACAUCAAAACAGUGGAAAUGAUAGCAAGGUUGAGAGGGUGGCAGGUCCAAAAAGAACUGAAUCCUUCCAACAGAGGGGUGAGUCUCACUCGUUAGGAAUCAAACUAAGUUAUGAAUUGAUUGAUUUGCCUCCUGAUUCCAGACCACUUCUUGUCUUUAUUAACAAAAAAAGUGGAGCUCAGCGAGGAGAUUCACUGAAGCAGAGGUUGCACAUGCUUCUAAAUCCAAUACAGGUCUGUGAAUUGAGUUCAGCACAGGGUCCAGAGGUUGGGUUGUUUUUAUUCAGGAAGGUGCCUCACUUCAAGGUUCUUGUAUGUGGUGGAGAUGGCACAGUUGGUUGGGUUCUUGAUGCCAUAGACAAGCACAAUUAUGAGUCCCCGCCACCAGUUGCAAUCCUUCCAGCUGGUACUGGUAACGAUCUUGCUAGAGUUUUAUCAUGGGGAGGGGGUCUUGGUGCUGUCGAGAGACAGGGUGGCUUGUGUGCAGUUUUGCACCACAUUGAGCAUGCUGCAGUUACCAUUCUUGAUAGGUGGAAAAUACACAUAGAAGAUCUUCAAGCCAAGCUUGCCCAGCCUCCUAAAUUUAUGAACAAUUAUCUUGGUAUUGGUUGUGAUGCUAAAGUUGCUCUUGAUAUUCAUAAUCUGCGUGAAGAAAAUCCAGAGAUGUUCUACAGCCAGUUUCUAAAUAAAGUACUUUAUGCUAGAGAAGGUGCAAAAAGCAUCAUGGACAAGACAUUUGCAGAUUUCCCAUGGCAAGUGAGGCUGGAGGUUGAUGGCGUUGACAUAGAAGUUCCUGAGGAUGCUGAAGGCGUGCUUGUUGCAAACAUCGGUAGUUACAUGGGAGGAGUUGAUCUAUGGCAAAAUGAGGAUGACAGCUAUGACAAUUUUGAUCCUCAGUCCAUGCAUGAUAAGGUUCUCGAAGUUGUUAGUAUCAGCGGAACCUGGCAUCUAGGGAAGCUGCAGGUCGGGCUUUCUCGAGCUCGGAGGCUGGCACAAGGGCAAUCCAUAAAGAUUCAUCUUCUUGCUCCAUUUCCCGUCCAAGUAGAUGGAGAGCCUUGGCAUCAGAAACCUUGCACACUUGCAAUAUCCCACCAUGGCCAGGCGUUCAUGUUGAAGAGAGCAGCAGAGGAGCCACUGGGUCAUGCUGCUGCCAUAAUCACCGAUGUACUUGAAAAUGCAGAAACCAACAAAAUCAUUACUGCUUCACAGAAGCGAGCGCUACUGCAGGAAAUGGCACUCAGGCUCACCUAGGCCUUAUCCUGGUCCACAGGAAGAGGCACUCAGGCUGUCCUAUAUUUUAUCUUCAUAUACAAAUGGAUAUAAGUUUGCACCUAAGUUUGCGUUGGGACAUGGAAUUUCUGCGCAAUGCAAAUAUCGGACACACGAGCAGUUGAUCCUUUGAAAUCUCUUCAAAUCGUUUUUGUACAAUGCAUUCUUUUUUAAUGUUUGCCCCAUUGAUUUUGCCAAGUCUUUGUAAAUAUGGUAGAUUUUGAUGCUUGUAGAUUAUAGCUUUUCUCUAUAUAAAAGCACAUGGAUGUUGAACAUCGUGAGUUUUGCUAGCA